GUUGAGGAUCCAGAAAUUGUGGUUAGUGCACUCUUCUUUAUGGCUCCGCUUUUGGUAAUUUUUUUUUUCCCUAAUGAGUUAUCGAUUUGGUUUUAAAUCUAUCAAACUUGCAAGAGAUUGACAGAAGAUGGUAGCUGGUCCAUUUCUCUUAGGAUCUCAAUUAUAUAAUUCUUCUUGUUGAAAUUUUCUCAUCAAUAAGUGUUUACUGAAUGGCAUAGAUAUUUUUAUUUCUUUAACCAAAUACUUCAACUAUAAAUCUAUAUCUAUACCACAAAACUAGCUAAUUGACAAUCAUACUGACACAUAGUAUUUUACAGAAACAAGUGAAACUUUACAAGGCAGAACAAGAACCUUCACAAACACUUUCUUUGAAAGAUGAUGCUGUAGCAAAAAGUUCUAGGUCCUGAUCCAUGAGGACGGGUAAGAGGAUUAGGGUUUGGAGCAGUCCCUUCAAAGUUGGAAUAUCAAACCAAAGUUGGAAACAAAGUUGCUAACUUAGAGAAACAAUUGUCCACUCAAGCAAAUGCUUUUCCCCUCAAGCACAGAAUAAGUUUUCUCAAUCACAAGAGAUUGAACGAUUGAAAGAAGUGGAUGCGACUCUUUUAGCAAGAUCAGAGAAAGAAGGGAAUAACCAUGCUAGUAACAGUGUUCAGCAGUCUGCUAAUGAGUUUGCACAAUAAAAGGAGAAUGAAAAUCCAAGUGUUCGACAUCAUAAGAGUGAUGGAAUACAAAGCAGAUCGACAAAAUAUUACUAGUGUUCGAGAUACUGAAAAUGGGAGGCCACAAAGCAAGCAAAGCAACCACAAGAAAGCUUCAAGUCUUCAACAUUCUGCUAAUCAUGGGUUGCAAAGCAAAAACAACGAAGGUACAACGGCCAAAUGUACAAAGGAUGAUCAGAAUAGAAUCGAAUUGUUAAGUUGGUUUGAGAUGGGUGAAGAGCUUGUUGCAAUUGCAAAACUUGAAUCAAAGGAUCCAAAUGUAAAGGUCCAUCAUGUGCCCCUUGGUCAUGAAUGCUGGAAAGUUUGGGUGCUGGAUGUUUUUGAGGAUAUAGCUUUAUAUCGACCAACUAGGGAAUUUGGAACACUGAGUAUGGCUCAAGGAAGGACAAUUGCAUGGCCUAUCAAGUACAACAGACAGGUGUAGUUUAUGAACUUUUAGGUACGUAACAUAUUCUAACACUAAUCAACUCUUCAUUUUUGUUUUGAGUAUUGUAAUUUGUUUUCGGUGGUUAAAUAACAUCCAUCUACAUUCUUUGUUCUGGUUUGUUCUUAUAUUGCAACCCUGUGGAUUUGCUUAUAAUUUAGUUAUAGUUGUAGAAUUAAGGUUGUUAUACGAGGACUAUCCCAUUAUAGUUAGGUGAAUACUA